UGUCACUCGAGGUUACUGAACACCUCCCACCUCCCUAUCCCCUCCUUCAUCAUAUUCUGUCUCCUCCUCCUCCUCCUCCUCCUCCUCCUCCUCCCCGUCUCCACCUGGCCAGGCAAUAUCCUCUCUCACAGCCAUGCGCGCCAUCAGCAUCGCUGUGGCCCUCCUGGCCCUCUUCUCCGGCCUGUACAACUACCUGAAUGCCCGGUUGGAGCAAUUCUACAUCUUCGACCCUGACCACCUGCACGACCUCUCCCAGCGCGCCAUUGCCGCCCACGGCAACGACACCCGCUCCGUGGUGAACUACAUUGUGGCCGAGCUGGACGAGAAGGUCCCCGGCACCCACAUCAACCACGACGAGGAAUGGGUGUUCAACAAUGCCGGCGGUGCCAUGGGCGCCAUGUACAUCAUCCAUGCUAGUAUCACGGAGUACCUGAUCAUUUUCGGAACCGCCAUCGGCACCGAAGGCCACACCGGUCGCCACACCGCGGACGACUACUUCAACAUCCUGCAGGGCACCCAGCUGGCCUACGUGCCGGGCGCCUACGAGCCCGAGGUGUAUCCGCAGGGCAGCGUGCACCACCUGCGCCGCGGCGAGGUCAAGCAGUACAAGAUGGACGCCUCGUGCUUCGCGCUCGAGUACGCCCGGGGCUGGAUUCCGCCCAUGCUGUUCUUCGGGUACGCCGACACCUUCUCCAGCACGCUGGACUUCCCGACCCUGUGGGCCACCUCGCGCAUCACCGGCCGGGAGAUGAUCUCCAACGCGCUGAAGGGGAAGAUGUAAACGUUUUCUCGGUGGAGAUGAAACGAUAGGGUGGAUGUAAGAUGUAAGAUGAAAGCAGAAAAUGUUGUAUACUACGGGACACGUAAAGUGAAGUGCAGUUUUUUGGGGGGGGGGUCCGAGAUUAGACUAGACUCUCGGCGGACUCUUUUCUGUGGAGCUCGGGUUUGGACUCUGCCUAUAGAUGAUUCUUACAGGGUAUACUUAUUAAUGCAUGAUCAGAGAAAUAUUUGCUUAGAA